AUGCAACAGUCAAAGCAACCAAAAAUGGCAUCCGGCCAAGUGGGCAAAGAUUGCUUUGGAUGGGCCGCACGAGACCCCUCAGGAGUUAUUUCACCUUACCAAUUUAAGCGAAGGAGUGUUGGAAGUGACGAUGUUUCAUUAAAAAUAACUCACUGUGGAGUUUGUUAUGGUGAUGUACUUUUUACCAGGAACAAAGUUUCAGAAACAAAAUAUCCUACAGUUCCUGGGCAUGAGAUUGUUGGAAUUGUGCAAGAGGUUGUCACCAAUGUUGAUGGCUUCAAGGCUGGUGAGCGUGUUGCAGUGGGAACAUAUGUUAAUUCAUGCAGGGAUUGUGAGGAUUGCAACCAUGGCUUAGAAGUUCAUUGUUCAAAGCUGGUUCAUACUUACAAUAGCGUUGACGUGGACGGUACAAUCACUAAAGGAGGAUACUCCAGUUUCCAUGUAGUUGAUAAGAGAUACUGCUUCAAGAUGCCAGAGAAUUAUCCAUCAGCCUUGGCAGCGCCAUUGGUAUGCGCUGGAAUUACAGUGUACACGCCCAUGGUGCACCACAAGAUGAACCAACCGGGUAAACGUCUAGGCGUAGUUGGGUUAGGUGGGCUUGGCCACAUGGCUGUGCUAUUCGGGAAGGCUUUCGGACUGCAUGUUACAGUUUUCAGCACAAGUAUAUCGAAGAAAGAGGAAGCCUUGAACUCUCUUGGAGCUGACAGAUUUGUACUCUCAACUGAUGAGAACCAAAUGAAGGCCCUAGCUAAAUCUUUGGAUUUUAUUAUUGACUCAGCAUCAGGCGAACACUCUUUUGACCUAUACCUUUCACUCCUGAAGUCUAAUGGCGUCUUGUCCCUGGUGGGCUACCCAAAAGAAAUUAAACUUGCGCCUGCUAGCAUUCAAUCCGGUUUGAAAUCCAUUAGUGGAAGCUGGACAGGUGGCACCAAACAGACGCAAGAAAUGUUGGAUUUUUGUGGUGUAAACAAAAUAUAUCCGAAGGUGGAAAUAAUCCCAAUUGAGUAUGUGAAUGAAGCUUUUGAGAGGAUGGCAAAGAAUGAUGUUAAAUAUCGUUUCGUCAUAGACAUUGAGAACUCCCUCAACCUCAAGUGA